AUGCCCGGGGUGCCUCAAGUGCAAUACUACGGCAAAUGGCCCUUCAUCCGCGUUUUUGGCUUCCAGGAAAUUGCGUCCUCUGCAUUUUCCAUCCUCAACUUCCUAGCCACGCUCUACGGCCUCUACUCCUUCCUGCGCCUCGUGUAUGUGAAGCUGCCGCGCAAGCCCAUGGGCAACAAGGGCCCGCUCUACGAGUACUCCACGCUCAUGGCCAUCUAUGGCCUCUUCGCCCUCAACUCCUGGCUCUGGAGCGCCAUUUUCCAUGCCCGGGACGUCUGGGAGACACAGUCAGGGGAUUACACAUCGGCCAUUGCUCUCAUCGGCAUAUCGCUGCUCGUCUGCAUCAUCCGCAUCAGCAGCCUGAGGGAGGAGGCCACACGCGUCAUGGUGGCAGCGCCGGUGAUCGCUUUCACCACCACUCACAUAUUCUACAUGAACUUCUAUACUUUCGACUUUG